AUGGCCGUCGCACCGAGCUCGCCGACGCAGCGCCUCCGCGCCUGUAUGCCGCCGGCGGCAGCCUCCGCCACGCAUGUCGCGCUGCGCGCUAGCAACGAGCCGCACAAGGCAGCAGCGACAACCGCGACGACGGUGGCCGUCCCCGUGCCCACUGCUGUUGUGGCGCCUGCGGAUAGGCGUUCCGACGCCCAGGUCGCGGCGCCGUCGUUGGCGUGCACGUGGGAGGACGUGCAUGGCGCCGACGACUGGCGAGGGCUGGUGGAGCCGCUCCACCCGCUGCUCCGCGCCGAGGUCGUCCGGUACGGGGAGCUCGUCGGCGCGUGCUACCGCGCCCUGGAUCUCAACCCAAGGUCGAAGCGGUACCUCAACUGCAAGCACGGGAAGAGGCAGAUUUUGCAGGCCGUCGGCAUGGCCGACGCCGGGUACCAAGUAACCAAGUACAUCUACUCAGCCCCUGACGUGACCCUGCCAAUGGGGAUCUGCCGUCCCUGCAGCAAGAGCCGGUGGAUCGGCUACGUGGCCGUCGCGUCAGACAGAGAGGCGGGGCGGCUCGGCCGGCGGGACAUCCUAGUCUCCUUCCGCGGCACCGUGACCUGCUCGGAGUGGCUGGCCAACUUCAUGAGCGCGCUCGCUCCGGCGCGGUUUGACCCGGCCGACCCACGCCCCGACGUGAGGGUCGAGUCGGGGUUCCUCUCCCUCUACACCUCCGACAACGGCACCGGCAAAUUCACCGCCGGGAGCUGCCGCAACCAGCUGCUCUCCGAGAUUUCCCGUCUCAUCGCGGAGCACAAGCAAGAAGACAUGAGCAUAACCCUCGCGGGCCACAGCAUGGGGAGCUCCCUUGCGCUCCUACUCGGCUAUGACCUCGCCGAGCUCGGCAUGAACCGUGGCGUCCACGGCGGUGCAAUCCCCAUCACGGUCUUCUCCUUCGGGGGGCCGCGUGUUGGCAACCUCGAGUUCAAGAACCGGUGCGACGAGCUCGGCGUCAAGGUACUCCGAGUUGCCAACGCGAACGACCCGGUCACCAAGAUGCCCGGUGUCCUCUUCAACGAGAGUGCUAGGGUUCUGGGAGGGCGGUACGAGAUGCCGUGGAGCAAGGCUUGCUAUGCGCACGUCGGCGUUGAGGUCGCCCUCGACUUCUUCAAGGCCGGGGACAUCGCUUGUGUACACGAUCUGGAGGUAUAUAUCGACCAGCUCCUAAAGAUCCCUAAGGUCGACGUCGCCACAGCUUCCUCGGUGAAUAGGGUUCCAUCUAUGUUUGAGUCCUGGAGAUGGCAAAUGGCGAUGAUUCGUGCCGGAGAGUGGCUGCGCGCGCUAGGAAUUUGAUGUGUCGAUUUGUCAAUGCAUAAUUUGAUUUUAUGCAUGUCCAUCACUGCAGCCGCCUCAACGAAUAGUGAUAUGAUCGAAAUUGUGAAUCAUGCAGCUGCGCACCUAUAUAAUCGGGGAUGCAUGAAGAGAGCUGAUGAAACUAGGAGUUCCUCCAGAUCGGAUGUAUACUUUUUACAUGUAAAUCAACUCAAAUCGACGGGACAUAUGAAGAUAUAUACAUAUGCAUGACAUGUUUAAUUAUACUAGACUAGAUAUAAUGAAGGGAGAUGUAAUUUCACUUCAACUGUAAUAAGAUAUUAAUUUUAUAUGUACCAAUAUUAGGAUUUCGGACUCAUUGGUAAGUUUACUAGUUUCAAACACUAUUUAUAAUGUUCUUCCUCUUUUUAGCCUUAAAUAGCUGGAGAUAAUGCUCUAAAAAUAUUAUUACAUUAAAAAUGAUGAUUUUAAAUCGAAUUUACCAUCAUAAAUGUUAAAACAAGGCGUAGAAAAGGUUUUAAGUACUACUAGCACAUAUGCCCGUGCGUUGCAACGGGAGAAUUAAUUGAUGUGUCCACCGAAAUAACCAUGCUAAUGGCCCAACAACAUCUGGUGCCAGCGAAAAUUCAUAUAAGUAGUACUACAUUAAGAAGCAUGCUACACAUACAAUACUUUUGGUGUGGUUUUUGUACGAUGAUUUCGAUCUUAAAGAACCUGAUUUUCAAAAUUUUCAUACAAAGCCAUUAUUUUCUAAGUUGAAGCAAUGCUUGAAAUUUGCAUCAAGUCGUAAAAAAAUCUUAAUAAAAGGGUUUUGUUAAACGUGUUUUGGGCCAUCUCUUCGUACGCUUGAAGAUCAAUAAAAGAAUGUCUACGUCUGAGCGAAACGACCCUAGUUCGUUGCAUGCCAAAAAAAUUGAAGCCGAAUGAUGGACGGUUUUUUCUUUUCUGUUAUUAUUCUUUACGUAUGAAAAAAUGGGAGUAAGAAACAUACGUUAUAUAUAUAGGUAUAGAAAAGAAAACUACUGACUAAGUGUGCACCAUAAACACAAUUUUAAAAAUUACUAACAUGUAAGAUAAUAUCAUAUUUAGAAUCUACCCAUUUUUCUGAGCGAUUUUCAUAUAUAAAAUGCUAGAUUUGGAGUUAGCGUUUGAAAGAUAGGAAUAUUUCAAAAAAUACUUGAAUUUGUGGAAAAAAGUUUCAAAAGUAGCUGGGCCAAGACAAUAUCAUAUUUAGAAUCUACACAUUUUUCUGAUAGAUUUUCAUAUAUAAAAUGCUAAUUUGGAGUUAGCAUUUAAAAGAUAUGAAUAUUUCAAAUAAUAUUUGAA